GAGCGCGAAACAUGGCGACGGAGUUGGAUCGUUAGGUUGUUGCUCUCCGUUUGUUCUGCCACAUAAACCGCUUAGGUCAUUUUAUAUAAACGUGUUUGCAAACUUGGCGGUGAUAUAAGUGUACAACGUUUCGGGAAUGGCAGCGGAAGAAGCGGAAAUCUUAAGUUUAACUAUGCUCAACUACGAAAGGUCGUGGGUCGUUGAAUUCUUCCACAAGUUCCCGCAUUUCGAUUUCAGCUUCCAGCCAAUAAAUUCUACUUUUGACCCGGGAAAUGAAUCGUAUACACAGGUGCUGCUGAUAUGGGGCUGUGUGCCUGUACUCUGGCUGGCACUGACGUACCUGACACUGUUCAUCUACAUGCUGUGCCAGUGCUGCGUGAAACCUACGGCCAAAGUUCAGCAAAUCACCUGUCAGAAGUGGGCUCUCGUUAUCUUCGGCCUGCUGUGCUGCGGCGUUCUGGGCGUCGGUCUCUAUGGCAACGAAAGCACGCACAGAGGUGUGCAUGGCUUCGCCGAUUCUUUCCAGUCAGCAGAGGAGACAUUCCAGUCAACAGAGAAUCAA